AUGCAGUCCUUAACGGUCCUAGCUUUUCUCUUAGGCAUGGCCCUUGCAGACGAUGCUUGCGAUUACAACUCAAAAGCAGGAUCAAACAAGCCAGCCCCUUGCAUCAGGCCUACCUACAAAGCUGAAACCGAGUUCACCUUCGACCCAUUGCUGCCCGAGACCUCCAAGUUCGUCUACGCAUUCGACAAUGUCACGUACGACGACUGGAAUGAAUUGACGAGUAGAGACAAAUAUGCGACUGCGCGCGCAUGGUGGAUUGAGUACAGCUCCAUCAAGCCUAACAACACCUUCACUCGUCCACACUACACCACGGUUCUCACCACAUACAUUAACGGCACGGGGCCAACUGGGGGCAGCAAUAACGGAUGCGAGAACAUCUUGGGGAAAACGUGCAUUGAUAAGAUCAAUGAAGCUAUUGAAACUCUUUUCACGUCCGAUACCGGUACUCUAGAGACUAUUUCCGACCUCGCUUUGGCUUACAAGAAUAAGCUUCUCCGAGACGCCUGCCCAACGGAUUUGUUUAGUGAAUACAACAAAAUCCAAAGAAGAGAUGGAACCAUAAACCAACUUCAGGGCUCUUCAUCAUACCUCGCUAUUGAAUACAAUGACACGGAUAAGUUUUCGACUGUUAAAAGCGGAGUGAAUCCAUCGGGUAAUUCUUCUUGGACCUACUACGACCAGAAAAUUGUGCUUGGUUCAAUGGCAUCCUAUAUCAAUAAGACGGCCGUUACUUUUAUCAACCGACAGCCCUCCAAGGAAUACAACAAGAACUACACAAAGGACCAGAUACAAUUCACUAUGCUUUGCACUAGAAUUUCGCAGGAUGAAAUUGACAAGGUUACGGGCGGCUCGAGCAAUAGCGGCGGUAAUUCUGAUAACAGUGGCUCGAACAAUAACUCGAACAGCGACAAAGGUGGAGCAGGAAGUGUAACCGGUGUACCCAUGGUCGCUACGUUGGUCGUGUCUCUGGCAGCUUUCUUUUGGUUGGGAGGUUUGUAG